CGAGCCAGUCCCCCCGACGGGGCUUCGUGCAGGGGGGGAAGCCAGAGGAGCGAUGCGCCCGGCUGGGGCGCUCCUCGGGGGGCUGCUGAUGCUCUGGGGGGCCCUGGUCUGGAAGCAGGUGCGCGGCCUCCGCCACAGCGUCUACUGGAACGCCAGCAACCACAGAUUCGUCGACGAAGACUAUGCUGUUCAAGUCUCCAUCAACGACUAUCUGGAUAUUUACUGCCCGCACUACGAUCAACCCUUGGCUUCUGGCGACCCUGAGACCUUUACUCUUCUCAUGGUUGAUGUUGAGGGUUACCGAGGCUGCUAUGAAACUCCAGGAGCCUUCAAACGUUGGGAGUGCAACCGCCCCUAUGCCCUCUACGGACCUGUUCGCUUCUCGGAGAAGAUCCAGCGGUUCACCCCCUUCUCGUUGGGUUUUGAGUUCCAGCCUGGACGCGACUACUACUAUAUCUCUAUCCCCACUGCAGAAAGUCCGGGACGUUGCUUGAAGCUGCGAGUCUCUGUCUGCUGCAAAGCAACCACUGUAGAACCAGUGACAGAAGGUCCCAAGUCUCAACCACGUGGGAGAGGAGGCCCGGAGGAUGCAGCUGUAGCGCCCGGACGCAGUUCAGCCCCUUCCUGGCCUGGCCGUCUCUGCUUGGGGCUUGCCCUUCUCCCCCUCCUGGGGCUCUGACCCCAGAGAGGGCCGGCUGGGCUCCUUCGCUGAGAGUCCAGGCUGGGCUGGGGGGCGCGACGGCUGAGCGUUCCCUCCACCCCGUCCCUCCCCCAGUCGCGAGGAUGCUGGAUUUCUCACUUGGCACUUUAGAAGCCGGAAGAGGCCUUCCCUGAGCUGUUCCGGAACCCCUCCGCAGAGCUGAGCUGCGCUCCUGACCGCCAAGGGACCAGGACUGGGAGAAUCGCCUGCUUCCCUCACUGCUCAGGACUUCCGAGUGCAAGAGGAAGACUUUGGCUGGCAGGAUUCUCCCUCUGUCCGGAUUCCAAUGGAUGUUGGAGCGAAGAUACUUCCCCUCCUGCCUGCCAUCGGCGAUUGUAUCAGCACGCGGAGCCAGUUUCCCCUAAAAAUUUCACAUUGGAGUUGAGGGGGGAGGGCGAUCCCCUCCCUGUUGCAGCGGGCGAUCGGAGGCCUGUCCCCGGACUUGUUUGACCAAAGACGAGGACGAUAUCUCCCCCUUUCGUUGCCCCUGACGUAUAGACUCUGCCACCGUAAACGAGGGGGGGAUUUUUGUGUCGGUUACCCUUGCGUUACAUCCCUCUGGGGCUUGGCCUCUCCCGCCCCUUCCCAAAAAAACUGUGGACAUUGCCAGCCCCUCUGCCUCUUUCUGUUCUCGACGAGAACGACCUCUCCCCCAACCCCGUCCUCGUCGAUGACGCCAAUGCUUUGUCUUCUGUGAAGAUGCCAUUUGGCGUCACCGACUCAUCCCAGUUCCGACUUCUUUGUUGUGUCUUUUUUUUUUAAUUGUCAGUGAUUGAGCCAAAUGAUAAAACCAUUUCAGAAA